GGCCAAUCAUCUCAUAAUCUUCUGUAUAAUACUAAUAAGAGUUGCCAUCUCAUGUACACAAGUCAAAUUUUACCUCCCUCGAUCUUUCGGUCUUCCUGUUUGAGUGCUUAAAAGUUGGAAGUUAAAUCAUAAAAAAGAGCAAAAAUUAGAGACGAAAAUGAAGAUGCCAAGUGGGUGGUGAUUGUCCAGUCAAAAGGGCUUGAGUAGGAAGUACGCAUAAAUUAUGGCUUCGAGUUUGGUAUAUAUUCCCAGCAGCCAAGAUGCCAAUGAAGCCAACCAAGAAAAACUCUUCUUCACGAUUUCCCAGGGACCCGAGUUAUAAGAAACUUCCACACUCCGCGGACAUCAUCAGGAUUUAAGCCAUGACGAUGUUACUAUAUUCUUUCCCUAAUUAUUUUAGUUGCUCUUUUAUCCCUGCUUCUACUUUUUCAGCCCUUCAAGUUUUCACCCCUUCUCCCUCUUCACUGCAUCAAAAACACAGCUUCUCUUGUUUUAAAAUUGCCCCUUCCUCUCUUGUUCGUAACAGGGUUCCUGUUGUUUGUUUCUCAUCUCUUCAAGACGAUAUGGGUUCCACCACUGGCACGAGUCUGUACCCAUCUCACCGAUGUAAAACUAUUCACCUGGUGAGGCAUGCUCAGGGUGUUCACAAUGUGGCAGGGGAAAAGGACCCUCAUGCUUACCUGUCUUAUGAUUAUUUUGAUGCACACCUUACCCCACUCGGCUGGCAGCAGGUGGAAAAGUUGCACAAGCAUGUUCAUGAAACUGGACUUUCUAAAAGAAUCGAGUUGGUCAUCACUUCCCCUCUAUUAAGGACUAUGCAAACAGCAGUAGGAGUCUUUGGUGGUGAAGGGUAUGUAGAUGGGAUAGAUGCACCUCCAUUGAUGGUGGAAAAAGCAGGGAACAGUAACCGUUCUGCAAUCUCAAGUCUAAAUUGCCGAUCAUUUAUUGCAGUUGAGCUUUGUCGGGAACAUUUGGGAGUUCAUCCAUGUGAUAAGCGAAGAAGCAUCAGCGAGUAUCGACCUCUUUUUCCUACUUUUGAUUUUUCACUGAUAGAAAAUGAUGAAGACAUUUUGUGGACGGCUGACACUAGAGAGACAAAUGAACAUGUUGCAAAGAGGGGAAUGGAGUUUAUAAACUGGCUGUGGACACGAAAAGAGAAGGAGAUCGCAGUUGUUUCUCACAGUGGAUUUUUGUAUCAUACCCUUAGUGCAUUUGGAAAUGAUUGUCAUCCAUCUAUAAAGAAUGAAAUUUGUAAACACUUUGCUAAUUGUGAGCUUCGCUCAAUGGUUAUUGUUGAUAGAAGUAUGUUGGGCUCAGACUCCGCAACAACAAACUUCCCCGGAAAGAUUCCCAGCAGUCUCGAUCUUCCUAGUGAUGUUGCCAAUGAGAAGCAUCCGGAUAAAGUAACACCUAACUAAUUGUGCACUGGGCUUCCGUGAUCAAGCAGGAAUCAGAUAUGGAAACCUGGUCUAACUUUGUCGGACAAGUAAAUCCGGGGUGCAGUGAACUAAUGGUGCCAGGUUGCCAAGUGCUGGAACUGUACUAAUUCAGAGUUAUAAUUCAUAAAAGAAAUGGAUAAAUCUGAACCCUUGACAAAGGAAAUGGAGAUAACUGCUUAUCCUUUGGAUGUAAAUUGUAUGGUUACCGAUCUGUGUCAAAAGGUUUUUUUUUUUCGGAAAACGAUAAUAUUGAGUAAAAUAUGCAAGUCUCAUUUCAAAUGAUUUGAAGAUAACAUUUUAAAAGGAAAAACAUUUUAUUUUAUGUA